GUUACUUACAACAAGAAAACCUUAUUUCGACUUGCCAGACUUUUAUUUUGGAAAGUUCAAAUCUAAAAGAAUAUGCAGAACACUGUACAGAUGAAGGUUUUAUCCCAGCUUGUUUACUGUCCUUAUUUGGAAAAAACUUGACAACAAUUUUGAACGAAUAUGUAGCUAUGAAAGCAAAAGAAACAUCAAAUGAUGUGCCAGCAAUAAUGUCGUCUCUGUGGAAGAAGUUAGACCAUACACUCUCUCAGAUCAGGAGCAUGCAAAGUUCCCCAGGAUUUGCUGCCAAUCAAAGAGCCCGAACAAGAAAUGGAAUUGCAGAAAUCAAACGACAGAGAAGGCUUACAUCUCAAACAGCUCCCGUUACUUCAGAAUUGUUGACUUUACCUUAUCUUACCACUUCUCCUUUGACAGCUUCACAAGUUAUUCGACCAACUGGCCAAAUUACAACUCCUAUGAGGUCAAAUUUUGUAGUGGUCAAUCAUUCACAGUCACAAGAUACUGUAACCACUGGAGAGGCUUUAAAUAUCAUUCCUGGUCCUCAGGAAAGGAAAUCUCAUGCCAGUUUAAUGUCUCCUGGUAGACGAAAAAGUGAAUCUCAAAGAAAAAAUAUCACUUUGUCUGGACCUCAUUCAGUGAUACGGAAUUUCCAAGAUCCAAAUGCAUUUGCAGUGGAAAAACAAAUGGUUAUUGAAAAUGCACGAGAAAAAAUACUAAGCAACAAAUCUCUUCAAGAAAAGCUAGCAGAAAAUAUUAAUAAGUUUUUGACUAGUGAUAACAAUAUUACUCAAGUACCUAAACAAACAGAAAACAACCCUACUGAGCCAGAGACUUCAAUUGAUGAGCUCCUGGUACUUCCGAGUGAAAUCCACAUGUCUGAAGAAGCUAUACAGGAUAUAUUGGAACAGACAGAAUCAGACCCAGCAUUUCAGGCACUCUUUGAUCUUUUCGACUAUGGUAAAACAAAGAAUAAUAAAAAUAUAUCACAAGGCGUUUCUACUCAGCAUAUGGAAGCUAAUUCCAAUAUAGUCUUAGCAGCUGAAACUAAUCUAGCAGUUAAAGAGUCUUUUGAAACAGGAUCUGAUAAUCAGUCUGCUCAGCCGUCAUUAUGUACCUCCUAUCAAAAUGAAGACACAUUAAAUGCGAUGAAGAAUGGCAGCAACCAUGAUAUGUUUAGACAGGAAGCCCAGGAAAGUUUUUCCCAAAUAGGCUCUAGCAUCCAGAAAAAGGUCUUUAAAACAGCUGUACCUACUGAACAGAAGUGUAACCUUGACAUCACCUUUGAGUCAGUGCCUAAUUUGAAUGAUUUUAACCAAAGAGGAAAUUCCAGUGCUGAAUGUAAUCAGCAUUGUGCUGAAUUAUACACCAAUCAGAUGUCCACUGAAACAGAAAUGGCCAUAGAGGUUGAAAAGAAUUCUUUGUCUUCAAAUGUGCCAAAUGACUCUCCGUUACAGCCUGAUCAGCCUGAUGUACCAAUAACUUCAUUUGUUUCACUUGAUGGUGACAGUAAUAAUGAAAACUUAAUUCUCUCUGGGAAAAAUUCUCAACUUUUGUCUCAGAAUACUCCGUUAUCUGAAAACCAAUUAAAAAAAGGUCAUUUUUGUGAAAGUUCUAACGACUUAGUAAGACUUAAAACUAAUUUCCAUGGUUCAAAGUCACCAGAUUCUAAUGAAAUUCACAAGAGUAAAAUUGAAAUUAAUAGUGUACUACCAGUUUUGUCACAACAACUCUCAAAUUGCCAAGAUAAUGCUUCACUUCAAAGUAAAAUAUUACCAGCAUCUGUUGCAAGUUCAGGUUUAAACGUAUCUGGGCAAGUAGAAAUUCAUCUUGGAGAUUCUGUCUCUUCAGUUAAACCACCACCUAAUGAUUCAACAUCUGUUGAGUUAAAUCAAACAAAAAAUGAAUCUCAGCCAUCCAAGUCUGAGAAAGUUACUUUGGAUUCACAAGAGACUUCAUCUUCUACAAAAGAAGAUGGAAAUACUAUCUUUAUCUCUUUAAGUGAAAAUGAUAACUGUGGAGAAGUUGCAUUGAUACCUCCAGAAGGCCAUCCUGUAGAAGAUAAUUGCUCUGUUCCUUCAGAGUCUGUCUGUUCUUCAGUUGGAGAUUCUCAUCCUGAGUCUCAGAAUACUGGUGAUAAACCUUCCAGCGAGAGCUCAGCAGAGAUGGAUGAAUCAAAUAUCGUCUCUCUCAAGAUUAUUAUUAGUGAUGAUACAUUUGUUUCCUCAGAUACUGAACUUAACAAUGCAGUUUCUAGUAUUAGCGGAGAAAACUUGCCAACUAUAAUUUUGUCUUCUGCUAAAUCACCUACUAAAAAUGCAGAAUUAGUGAAAUGCCUAUCUUCAGAAGAAACUACAGGCGCUGUUGUAUCUGCUCAAGAAGUAGGGGAUUCAGCUUCAGUGGAACAAAGCCUUUUAGUGCUUAAAUCUGAAGACUCUACAGUAAACAAUACUCAGAAUGAAGAUGGCAUUGCAUUCUCAGCCAGUGUUACACCAUGUAUCCCCAAGGAUGGAGGAUACAUACAGUUGAUGCCAGCUACAAGCACAACUUUUGGCAGUUCAAAUAACAUUCUGAUAGCUACUUGUGUGACUGACCCACCAGCCUUCGGAACAACUGUCAGUCAGUCUAAUGUGGUAGUGUUGCCUGGAAAUUCUGCACCUGUGACUGCUCAACCUCCAACACCUCAGUUACAGACACCACCAAGGUCAAACAGCGUAUUUGCUGUCAACCAAGCAGUGUCACCAAACUUUUCACCAGGGUCUGCCAUCAUAAUUGCUUCUCCAGUUCAGCCUGUACUCCAGGGGAUGGUGGGAAUGAUCCCUGUUUCUGUGGUUGGACAGAAUGGAAAUACGUUUUCUGCUCCUCCGCGACAGGUCCUUCAUAUGCCUUUGGCAGCUCCUGUGUGCAAUAGAAGUAUUCCUCAAUUCCCCAUCCCUCCAAAAUCUCAGAAGACUCAAGGACUAAGAAACAAGACUUGUAUAGGAAAUCAGGUAAAUAAUUUGGUGGAUUCGUCAAGUCAUUCAGUUGGGUAUCAUGCGCAAAGAACUGAAGUUUCUGACAAGAAUAUGGACACAGAUCUGGGGAAAAAAUCAGAAGAAAUCACAUUAGAGAGUGUCGUUCCAGCUAGCAAACCAUUUGAAAGUCAUAGACGUGUACUCUGUUUUGAUAGCACUGUUUCUCCUGUGGCAAAUACACAGGGGCCAAACCAUAAAAUAAUGUCCCAAAACAAAGAAAAGAAUGAGAUUUCUUUACCUAAUCUUGACUCACCUGUUGUGUCCUCCACGUUAAUAAAACCUCCUAAUAAUGCCAUAAAAAAAGAGAGAGAGAAACCUCCCAUGCCUAAGAUUUUAUCUAAAUCAGAAACUACCAUUAGCCGACAUACCACUGUAAGAGAGACUCAGCCGGAAAAGAAAGUUUCGACCACGGAAACUGUUCUUGAAUCUUUCCACAAAGCAACAGCUAAUAAAGAGAAUGAAUUACACAGUGAUGUGGAAAGGCAAAAAAAUCUGGAAACUUCUAAACUAUCUAUCGGGCAGCAAAAUGGGGGUUUACGGAAUGAGAAAACUAUAGCUUCACUGCAAGAAUUGACCAAAAAACAGAGCACAUCUUCAAAUGGUAAAAAUACCGUUUCAAUAGGUACAGCUGUGAAGGAUUUAAAACACGAACAAAAUAAAUCUACCAGUUCUUUGAUGACCACAGAAAUGCUACAGGAUGUUCAGCGGCAGAGCCCAGGAACUAGGCUUGCUGAUAGUAAUGACUUAUCUGUACCCCGGACACCUGGCUCAGGAGCUGGGGACAAACAUAAGGAAGAACAUACAGAGGGUAUCAAGGCUCCCUCUAGUAGACGUUUUGCUGAUGAUAGCAGCACACCCAAAGUAAUGAUCCCUCCUAUUACUCCAGACUUGCCUGCCUGCAGCCCUGCCAGUGAAACGGGCAGUGAAAACAGUGUAAACAUGGCUGCCCACACGUUAAUGAUCCUCUCCAGAGCGGCCAUCUCUAGGACUGCUUCAACUCCUCUAAAAGAUAACACACAACAAUUUAGAGCAUCUUCAAGGAACAGCACCAAAAAACGGAAGAUUGAAGAAUUAGAUGAACGUGAGCGUAAUUCCCGUACUUCUAGUAAGAAUCUUGCAAAUUCAUCAAUACCAAUGAAAAAGAAGAAAAUUAAGAAAAAGAAGCUACCGAGUUCAUUUCCAGCUGGCAUGGAUGUGGACAAAUUCUUGUUAUCGUUGCAUUAUGAUGAGUAAAUAUUUCUGAACAUUUAAGAACAGCUGUUUAAAACUCAUACCCCUUAAACUGUGA